AUGGUGAAAUCCGUACCUUCCCUUACCAACCGGACUCAAACAUUUGCGGAACGCGUUGCGAUUUUCCAAAAUGGUCGCAAUUUUGCUCACACUACAACAGCUCGCGGACACUGGAAUCAAGAAAGUCAAACAUACCACAAGGAUUUCACAAUUUCGUUCCGGCCGACCAAAUCCGAUAGAUGCAGCGCAAAGAGGAAAAUUGGAAACUUCAAUCAAAUAGAACAUUAUGACGGAGGCACACUUCUGGUACCACAUCUCCAAGUCGCAGUCAAGGACUACCUUAACAAUGAGGACUUCAUUUGCAUCAGUCCCAAAGGAGAACGCGUCUCGACGGAACCACCUUACCAGGGAACAUCUGCCUUCUGUGAGAAGCAUCAGUGCAGCGACAAGGCCAACAAGUUCUGCAUAUAUGACGUCCCCAUAACACUGUUCGAUUUUAGCAGCUCAACGUCUUCAACUCUCCUGAUUCCCAUCAAAGCCUGGGGCACCACCACGACAGAAUUCUACCCUCACAACUUACAGACUUACGCUGAGUCAAUCCUUAUACUGACAAACUGCUCCAAAGGAGGACUGGAAAUUAAAGCUGAUCAAGAGAUUGACAUCAUAGAAGCAUGCAUUGCUUCGUACUGCAUCUUCGCCUCCCAUGUCUCGACUACAUCGCUACUGUUCCCAACGGAACUGGUCGUCUUCAAAUACACAAUACAGGUCACGGCAUGGCAGAACGGAUUGAGCGUCCAUCAGUCUUCGCUCACAUGUCCAGCGCAUCCUAUAUGCGAAAUACUCCACUGCUCUUUCUGCUUGGAAAAACUUUACAACACUCAAUGCUGGACGAAUUUCGACAUCCUACUCGCUACAACAUCAUUCGUCAUAGCGAUAUCGUUAUAUUGGAUUCUCAACCACUACGUACCAUCAUCAGACGAUUGGUCAGACUCCCUCGGCUUAUGGUCAGAUAAAAGACAUAUCCGAAGAGAGGAAUGCUUCUCCACUCCCUUCCGACCCUACAAUCGUGCCAGUCGACGUUCACGCUCAAUGAAGAAAGCGACACUUAUUGUCACUAUACUAGCCUUGGCACUGAAGGAGAAACUCGGCCACUGCUGCUCAGACAUCGUCUCAAUAACCAGUGCGACUGAAUCCCUUUCCAUCGUCAAUUCCACCGAAACGUGCUUUUUCAACCAAGGCGUUACCGUGACUCUUCAGCCUCUUGGCCAAGAUAUAUGUCUCGCCCUGAGAAAUGACAAGAACGAGCCAAGUGGCCAAGUGUCAUUACGGAUGAAACACUUAUCACAUGUCUGCCACCAAAAGAUCGAAUUCUUCACACGCGACCACGAAUUCCAAUCAGAAUCUUCUCAUCGUUGUUACAGAGCAGGGAGCUGCAAGCCUGGGAAAUGCGACAAUACGAAAUCAACAGACGUCAUACCCGAGUUCAGCUGGAAAGCGUCGAAUAAUCCAGGUUUCACAUUUUGUACAAGCAGCUGUCAAUGUUGGAACUGUGACGGUUGCUUCUUUUGCAAGCCAUCGUGUUUAUUCUACCGAUACUACGCGACACCCUCAUCCGACACCAUCUAUACGGUAUUCACCUGUCCAGUAUGUGAGCUGACAGUUACAGCGGACGUCACACUACACCUGCAAAAUCAAGAAACCGAGACACACAGCGUCGUACUUCGACCAGGAAGAACCGCAAGAGUGAAGAACAUCUUCGCAUGGAUAUGUCAAUCCUAUCAAAAUAAAAUCCGUGCGCAUAUAAGCGCGCGAGCUGACUGGAUUUGA